AUGAUGUUCUACGUCCGAAAAUCUGAUCGUGUGAUAUUUGAAAAGAAAAAUGAGCCCGUCGGUGACACAAAAGUCAAAUCAUACAUACUGACAAGGAAGAGUCGUUUUUCUCCCAAAUAUAAAAUGAGCAAUCCGACGUCGAGUGAAGAACAAAAUCGAUUACCGAAAGAUGGAAUCGUUGUUCAAACAAUGCUGCAAGAAAUGGGUAUCACAAAUUACGAGCCAAAAUUAAUCCCGAUGGUGCUUGAUUUUAUGCAUCAAUAUACAACGGAUGUUCUAGAAGAAGCAAAACUUUUCUCUAUCCAUGCAGGACGAAAACAAGUUGAACUUGAAGACAUAAAACUAGCAUGCCAGAAUUGGGCGGAAGGACAUUCUACAAUGCCAUCGAAAGAUACGCUGACUGAGUUAGCAAAGGGAAAAAAUCGUACUCCACUACCAACAAUUCGAAACUUUUCUGGUCCGCGUUUACCAGCUGAUCGUUUCUGUCUGUUAGCACCCAACUAUAAACUAAAAGACACAUCCAAUGAACAUUCAGGAAAUCAAUCAAAUCAACAGUAUACUACGUCCAAUGCACCAACGUCGACAAGGUUUAUCACAGACCAUUUUAAUCCAUUAACAGGAACGAUUACAACAACAACAGCUAGUGGAAAGAAUGAACUCGUCAUAACCAUUCAUGUUCCAACGAAUCAUCAUCGAUCGGUAUUACCGAGGACAAAACAACUUCUAAUUCUUACUUGUUCUUCCAUCAUCUAA